AUGAUCUGCGCCUCAACGUCCUACGCCUUCAACCUCUUCAGUGGGGUCCUGCAGAAGGAGUACAGCUACGAUUCUCGUCAGAUGUCCUCCAUCAAUACAGUGGGAAUGGUGUUUGCCUACUUCUUGCUGCCUUACGGCACCGUGUACGACUACCUUGGCCCGCUACCAGUGUAUAUCCUUGCGUCUGUGCUCGCGCCACUGGGGCUGCUGCUGAUGGGCCUCACGUUCCAGGGUGUGAUUGCUGGCUCUGUAGUGCGGUUCUGUGUGUUCAACGCGCUGCUGAGUCUUGGCAGCCAGCUCUUCGACCUUGCGACAGUGGUGACAAUGCUGAGCAUCUUCCCGACGCGUCGCGCGUGGGUCGUCGCGCUGCUGAAGACGCUGAUGGGACUGGGCUCUGCAAUCAUCGGGUCUAUGCGCACGGGCUUUUUCCUGAAUUCACCAUCGAGCUACUUCUUCUUCCUGAUGGGGUCGGUACUCGUGAUCGGGGUGAGUUGCAUUGCCGUGAUGCGGCUGCCAUCAUACCACCUGACGGGUCACCAGCAGAGGCACCUGAGCGAUGAACAGAAGGCUGCUCGCGGUGCGCGUGUCGCGGCGUACCUGACACAGGAGCCACCCAUGUGGCGCUUCUACCUGAGUAUUGCGGUGAUCCUUAUGCUUGUCGUGUAUCUACCGACGACAAGCGCGCUGGCCGCGUUCACGGACGCUUCGAAAACGAAGCACAGCCUGCUUGCCUUCGCGAUCGUGACAACUAUCAUCACAUGUUGCUUUCUGCUGAUGCUGGUGCCGUGCCCGUGGCUGGAUCGCCUGACGAUAAAGAGGUCAAAGGAUGAUGAAUCAGCCGAGAAUGCAGAGGUACUAACGGACAUCGACUACAUCGCGCCGCAGUAUCAGACUACUUUCCUGCAGAGCUGCUGCACAGUGAGCCUGUGGUGCAUUCUGUGGACGAUAUUCUGCGGCGUUGGUGCCGAAUUCGUGAUCAUCUUUAACGCGUCGCCUAUCUUCUCCGCCCUGACGAAGACCCACACCCUGGAUACCACAUUGUCUGCUCUGCUGACGGUGCUCAACGGUGCUGGCAGCGCACUGGGUCGCCUGGCCAUGUCUGUGUUUGAGGCGUAUACGCAGAAGCGCAAGGCGGAGGACCGUAUGCCCAUCACCGUCGCCUUCUUCGUGCCAACGACGCUGAUUAUAAUCUCCAUGGUGCUGUUCCUUGUGCUGCCGGGCCGCUCGCUGCUGAUCGCUUUUUCGCUGGCGGCUGUUGGUAACGGUUUCUGCGCCAGCGUGUCCAUUCUCGUGAUCCGUACAAUGUACGCCAAGGACCCUGCAAAGCACUAUAACUUUGGCUUUAAUGCGCUAUGGAUCGCUGCCAUCCUGCUGAACCGCCUGCUGUACGGUGAGUGGAUCGCGUCUCGGGCCGACAAGCAGGGCCACAAGGUGUGCGUUGGUCGCGAGUGUGUGCUGAUGCCGCUGCUCGUUAUGAUUGGCAUGAACCUGACAGCGCUUCUCUCGAAUGUAUACGUGCACAUCCGCUAUUCACGUUUCUCGCGCAAGGUGCUGACAGAGCGUUACCGUAUUAAAGGGGAGGACGCCGCCGCGGUCACCUCGGAGCCGAUCGACCCGGAGAAGGAGGCUGUGACUUGUGAAAAAAACGACAUGCUGUACUCGAGCAGUAGCCUUCAUGAUUUCCUUGACGGCGCCGAACCGCAGCCAACACGCCGCGACUCGAGUUAA